AACAACUUCCCCUUUUAAUCCAACUGAAGAUGCACGUGCUCUGUAUUCCACCUUUUUCAACCCUUCAGAUUAGCUUAUCUUGACUAUAGUAAUUUCCGCAAAUGUAGUUUUACUACUUUUAAAAGCAGGGGAAGACAUCCUUAUUCACAGCAUUACUAACAAGUCAAUACAAAUAUGUAGAUGUAUUUAUUUAUAUGUUGGCUGCACAGGAUGCUAUCAGAUGAUAUAAACAGUGAAUCAUAUACAAUUCCUAAACAAAAGUAUAUAUAGACUGGAUCAUCACAAUAACAAAACAUACGAUUAAAAACAAAUCAGAUGUGUAUAUGUAAGAGAUAAGUAGAAUAUUCAAAACCAAGAUUAUGUACUGGGACACUUGUUGAAUUUAUGAGUUUCCUGGUUUAAACUGAAUGGAUAAAUGAUGUUUCGAAUAUUUAUUUUACAUUAUUAUAGUUGUAUUCAGAAGAGAACCGCAGGAUGUGGUCAAUUUUAAACCUUUUUUUUUUUAAAUCAGUAUUGUCGUCAAAAUUAACUCACGGUGGCGCUAUAUGCCUGCUUUAAGAUGAUUGAAUUCCUUUUCCUUCUGUGUGGACGUUCCUUAUUCUGCUCUUGUGCCUACAUAGGGACAGUCACCCUGGAUUCGCUGUCCCUUGUGUUAUGUAGUUGAGCUGUCUUUAUUCUCCUUUUUCUUCAAUCUGUAAGGAAUUUAUAGUCGAUGAUGGAUUCCAACGUAAUCUCGUUUCAAACGUGCGGUUUCUUUGUAGUGGUUUAUUUCCUGCAUGCUGCGUAUGGAGACGUGAGCUACACUUUUCCAGAGGAAAUGAAACGAGGAUCAGUUAUUGGAAAUAUGGCCAAGGAUCUCGGGCUGGAAAGGAGCGCGCUCUCUAACAGAAGAGCCCGAAUUGACAGCGAUGGGACUGAUGAACGUUACUGUGACAUAAACCUGAAUAACGGAGAGUUGAUUGUUGCCGACAGGAUUGACCGAGAGGGGCUUUGUGGAGAAAAGGCUUCGUGCAUCCUAAAACACGAGCUGGUGCUGGAGAAUCCCCUCGAGCUCCAUCGGAUUAGUCUUCACAUUCAGGAUAUUAAUGAUAACUCGCCACAAUUUAACGAAGAAUUUAUAAAUAUUGAAAUCCGUGAGUCGGCAGACAAGGGAGCUCGUUUUGUGCUAGAGGAGGCGCACGAUGCGGAUGUAGGACAGAAUUCAGUUCAGCAGUACAGCCUCAAAAAGAAUGAUCAUUUCAUUUUGUCUGUUGAUGGAAACUCAAUAGAGCUUGUUCUUGAAAAGGAACUUGAUCGUGAAAAUCAGCAAGAGAUUAAUUUGCUCCUCACAGCUUUAGAUGGAGGCUCUCCUCAGAGAUCAGGUACUGUAGUCAUACACGUCACUGUGCUGGAUGCUAAUGAUAACGCCCAGUGUUUAGCCAGGCCGUCUAUAAAGCCAGUCUGCCUGAAAACUCUCCUGUAGACACUGUAGUUGUCACAGUGAGCGCUACUGAUGCAGACGAGGGAGUCAACGGAGAUGUGACGUAUGACUUUGGACAUGUUACUGAACAUGUCAAGAAGUUAUUUAGUAUUAAUAGAAAAGUCGGUGAGA